AUGGACGGCGGCCACCGAGACGAGGACGAUCCCCUCGAUCCUCCCAACCGCCUCGACCGCCUCGACUUGUUCGACCGACUGGACCAGCUGGACCGCAUGAACAACGCAGCCCGUCCCAGCAACACCCACCUCGACAGCCACAGCCUUCUGCCACAGCCUCCGUCUGACCGCCUCGCCGCGAACCUCAGCAAGCAAACACUGGCCUCACCCUCCCCGCGUGAGCAUCACCACAUCCAGCAACAGCAUCUCCAUCACAACCACCACGCGCACGCCCUCCAGCCCUCGCUGCUGCCGUCCUUCGAUGUCCCGCCUCCACCACCACCACCACCGCCGCCCCUGCCGCCCCUGUCGUCGUCAUCGUCCCAUCCGCUUGUCGCGUCCAAUGCCGGCGUAGACACCGCGCAGUACUCGGCCGAACCCUCUUCUCAGCCCUUUCCCCCAUUUCCCGCCCACGACGACGCCCGCAGCGACUUGCUCGACGACCCUGGCGACUUUUAUCGCUCUUACACCGACAGCAGCCUUCGGGGACACCAGCAAGACGACCAGGACACGGCCGUGGCGUUCACGGCCGCUGACCUCAUGGCACCAGAGACACCUGUCUCUCGACCAGCACCGCUCGCACCGUCCCACAACACCUCUCCCAAUGGCGUAACCAUCAAGCAGAUGCACGAGUCACAGCAGACACAGCAAUUACCGCAGCGGUCCCGGCCACCGCCGUCGCUCGCCAACCGCACAAAUGCAAUUCGGUCUGGUCGUUCCGUCUCGACUCCUGUCGGCAGCAACGGCGCCAACCCGACCACCAACCGGCCGGGUUAUGGACCGUCCGCCUCGUCGUCCACCAGCGUCAAGGACUUGAAGAAGCGCUUCGACCAGAUCAACACCGGCCCGUCAGCCUCCGCCACAGCCGCAUCAUCGUCUGCAUCGUCUUCGACGCGGUUAAAACCGACGACACGGACCGGCCUCGCUCCCCCCUCAACAGCGUCUCGAUCUCGGGCGACUACAGCCGGCAGCAACCGGGGUCCGUCACCGACCGCCACGACGCGAGCCAAGACGCCGACGAACCGCAGCCACGCCCCGCCGCCGGUGAGCAGUCCGAACUCUUUUGCCAGCCGCAUCGCCAAGCCGCGAGCCGGUGCCCCAGGAACACUUCCCACCUCUGUCAACGAACAAGCGUCCAAGUCCACGCCUCAUCUGACGGCGCCCCUCGCAUCACCGCGGGUAAACCGGACGGCACCGCCACCGGCCCCGCCGCCUGUAUCACGAGCGAAUGGCCUAUUGUUUGGAGAGAUCCUGCCCGAAUACAAUAAUUUGUUAACCACUGGAUACGGCAUCGACGCAGCAGUCCGGCCACGGCGAACGUCCGAGUCCGUCCUGCACGACCCACCACGGAUCUUCACGCGCUCACGGUCUGAGAUGGACCAGGAUGCCGAGGCCGUUUCACCUACAGAUUGGUAUCGUAGCGCGACCUCUCCACGAUCUCUGGGCGACCAAGGUCCAGGCACCCAAGGAGAUGCCUCGUUCCAAAACCAAGCUCCACCGGAGCGCACGGCAGCACCAUCGCGCAGUCCGACAGGACACAUUCGGGCGCACAGCGAUCUCGCCGGGGCAAAGCCGACGUAUCACCACCACCACCAUAAAAAUCAACAAAGCGGACAGACCAACGCUUUGGCUGUUCUGCCGCCUCCGCCCCCGUCCUCUAACCCUCCGCCUUCGCGCCUCGCCACUCAGAACAAGAACCCUACUACCACCCGUCCGCCUACCUCCAUGUCCGACUCCAUCGUCGACACGCUCCAACUCCCCCGCAUCUGCAGCUGGACGCCGCUCUGCUGCGGCCAGCAGAGUCCCACGUCAGCAGCACUCGCAUGGCCCCCCACCAUCCACAGCGAGUGCGAAGACACCAACAAAACGUGCAGCAACCCCAACAUCGACAACCGCCUCGCGGGCCAAGGCCGCAACGACGCCCACCUCGACCUCGUCGCGCAGGCCCCCACCGUCCCAAAUCGCAACCUCUGGCAAUGGCCGUCUCAGCGCCUAUAUUGCGGCGCCGCCACCAAAGCUUUCUCCACCCCUCCGCAGCUCACGACCAAGGCAACCUGUCUCAUCCGCAAACGCUCCAGCCUCUGCGUCACGCCUGGGUCGGACAUCAGCAGCAUCCUCCUCCUCGUCCACCACCGCCGAACGAAGUCGGAUGCCAUCGACGUCGGCCCUAUCGACUUCGCCCAGCGCCGCGAGACGAUCCGUCUCAAAUAUAGCAAGUCCAUUCGAGAAACGGAGGCCUCGGCGGCCCGACAGGCUGCGGCAGACAGACGAAAAAAGGAGCUCGAGGCUGCUGCCAAAGCCAAGGCACUGGCCGAAGCUGCUGUACGCGCGCAGUCCGAGGUCAGCAGGCGCGCCAUGGCUGCCUCAGCGGCCACAUUGUCCUCCAAGUCGUCAGCAUCAUCCCUGUCGGCCUCGUCCAAUGCGGCCGCUAGCACCACGACCUCGUCGGCGGCUGCCGCUGCCGCUGUCGCACGGUCCCAUAGUGUCCGGUCGUCGACCGCCUCCAUUGCUGCCAAUGCGGCGGUAUUGGCAGCGGCGUCGUCAUCGUCCCCAACGGCCUCCAGAUUCCCGGGCACGUCAACGCCACCCCCUUCAUCCCCCACUGCUGCCACUGCUGCCAGUGCAGCAGCAGCAGCUUCGGCAGCAGUCUCUACACCGCCCCGCAACAGUCCCCGCCAAAGCCCACUGCAUAGUCCGGGAGUGCGACGCACUGUGAGCGUGCGGAAAAGCGCCGUCGAGCUACCGUCUCUGGCCAUCUCGACCUCCAUCCCGGAAUUGCGGCCGGCCCCAAGUCGCCGGGUUCCCAGAGAGAAUGACUCACCGACACUGGGCAUUCCAGGGACAUUUCCCGGUGGCGUGUAUUCCCCGCCCCGAAAGGAUGCCCGAGACGAACCGCCGCCAUCCGCGAUUUCUCUCAACUCAGCCAUCACGGAGUUCGACAAUGAGCCGCAAACAGAUCCUCCGCGGCAAGAUACUGCCAGCGGCCUGCAGCAUGCUGGAACUGAACCGCAGCCGCAACCCGGUUACCUUAGUUAUGGCAACGCAAAAGUUGAGUAUCGCUCGCCUUUUGACUUGCCUACACCAGACGAUCAGACCGCCCACACAUCUCAUCAUUCAACCCCUCAGAAGCUGCACAGACAAGGGGACGACACGUACAGGUCCCCAAAGUCCUCGUACAUGUAUCCCUUUGAAGAUGAGGGGGCUGAUGAUGUAACACCUAUGGCAAACAACAUCUCAACCGAACAACCAAAAGAUGCCGAUAUGUCGCCUUUUGAUCGUUUCAUUCCUGGCUCAUACCGCCAGGACAGCUACGAAAGCAGGCCUUAUACGCCUCCUCAAGAUCGCGAUGCUUCGCAGGAAGCUACCCAGCUGGCCACAUCGUUGCACCAAAGCCCCGUGCGAGUACAUGAGCUUCGCCGAAGCGCCUCUGGCUACCACAUGGCGGAACCGACAAGCGAACACGAUGUACCAAUCCACAUCGGAACCGCCGUCACUGAGACACCGGACGAGACAGUACGGGAAGACGUUGCCAUCGGCUUUGCGCUCACAUCGUCAGUGCCUACAGCAAACGUGGAAGAAGAUUCUGAGCCGACAAUGCCGAGUCGGAACAUCGAGCCAGAGUAUGAGGUGCAGCCUUACCAGCCAGAUAAGGUGCAGACAACGACAACUGUCACCAUACUUGGUCGCGAGACCGACAUUCCCAGCCGGCGCCCGCCCUUGUCACGACUCAAUAGUUCAUCUAGCCGCCUGGACCUGCCGAAUGACUCUGACUAUGGAAAUCCCGAGGGUUUCUACGCUGUGCCGACCUUGAAAGACAACAUCGCGGCAUUGCGUGGAUCCGCAUUUGCUUCAUCUGAUAUUUCAGACGAACCCCAGCGGUCAGCCAGCGAGCCACAGCGCACACCGGACACGUCAAAUAGUCUCAACUUGCCUUCGCUCAUGUCCCCUGCAAACCGGUCCAGCCAACAAUCUGGCUGGACAGAUUUCUCGAUCGAAAGCGAGGAUGCCCGCGCGUUCCUUGCCGCCCGGGACUCGGCGGCGUUGUCGAACAGUACGGAGGUGAUCAACAGUAGCCACGAUAUCGAUGGCGGCUCUCCCAUUCGUACCCGUGCAGUGCCGCCCUCGAUAUUGCAAAACCAGCAGAGCCAGCAAAACCAGCAAAGCGAGCAAAACGAGCAGCGUCUGCGACCGCGCCACCGUCGGAAUCCGUACGAGUUUGAUUCCAGGCCCGCUUCGGUUCUCGAAGGCGAGCAGGAGCAAAAUGAACGGGAUGAGAACAUCGACCCGUACGAAGAGGAAUCGCCUGAUGGCCCGGGAGCUUCGCCAGCCGACGAGCCUACAUCGACCAUGCUCCCGGAGCUGGAUACGGGGACCAACUUUUUCGUCCCUUAUUUGUCGGAUGACAAGGUUGCGCACCAACAUAUUCCCGUGCUUCCCGACCACGACCCGCCGCCAAUUCCCGUGUCCGUCGAUGGGCGAGAUUCGUUCACCGAAAACAGUGUUCGCCCGAGCUCGUCCAGUGCGUACUAUGAUUCCUCGCGCCCAAACAGCUUUGCUCUUGGUAUGCGCGACGACCAUGACGGCCAAGAUUCGUUCACGUUUGGCGGGAAUGGCAGUGCGGACGACUCCAUGUAUACGUCGCCCCCACCAACCAUGACAAUGCAGUCGUCUGCCCAAGCAUCCCUUGAUCUCCCACGGCAGUCGAUUAGCGGCGCGACACUUAUUGACAGCGAGCGGCCUAGUGGGCUUGACGGUACUGGUGAUGCCUACGAAGGCGAUGCUCCUUUCAAACGUACAGGCGGCAGCCCCAAGAAGACCACACCCAGCAAAGAACAGUCGCGUCUUGUCCAGCGCCAAAUGGUCAUUCGUGAGCUGAUUGAUACCGAGGCCGUUUUCGUGCGCGACAUGAACAUUGUCGAGGAAAUUUACAAGGGCACGGCCGAAGCAUGCCCGCAGCUCGAUGCCAAGACGGUCAAGCUCAUUUUCCGCAAUACGGACGAGAUUAUUGCUUUCCACACAGCGUUUCUGGUCCAGCUGAAAGACGCCGUGUCCACGGUGUAUGCUCCAAAGGGUGGCCGGCGCACAUCCCCCCCACCUCGAGAAGACUCCAUUUUGUCCGAAUCGGACACCCUGAACUCAACGUCGGCAACCUCCGCGGCCGAGACGACCGGCUCGUCCUCGACCACAGCAGCUGCCUCGUCGGCAACGACUGGAACAGUUGCUGAAGACGCCCGGGAUCGCCAGACGUCUCUCGGACCUGUUUUCCGCAAGAACAUUGACCAAAUGCGUGUCACCCACGAGGCCUUCUUGCGAAGCAGCGACAACGCGGCGAAGCGCCUCAUCCAGAUCCAGGAAGACCCGACUGUCAAGCUUUGGCUCACGGAGUGUAAUGAGGUGGCACAGGAUCUGACCGCCGCCUGGAACCUCGACUCGCUGCUGAUCAAGCCCAUGCAACGCAUCACCAAAUAUCCGAACCUGAUCAGCCAGCUGCUCCAGUACACGCCCGAAGAUCACCCCGACCGUGGCCCGCUCAUCUCCGCGCGCACCGUUCUUGAGAACUCGAUCCUCGAAAUUAACAAAACCAAGAAGAAUUUUGAGCUGGUUGGCCAGAUUGUCGGCCGCAAACGCAAGGACUCGGACGUGCGUGCUGGUUUUGCCCGGGCGUUUGGCAAGCGCGUUGACAAGCUGCAAGUGUCCAGCAACCGGCCGCCCGAGGACCAAGUGUAUACCAAGCUCAACGAGAAGUUUGGCGACGACUACCUUCGUCUGCAGGUAGUCCUUCGCGACGUGGAGUUCUACACCCGCCAGGUCUCGGCAUACGUGCACGAAUUCUUACAGCUUUUAUCGGCCAUGGAACUGGUUAUGCGCCUGCAGCCAUCGCCGUACCCAGAGCUGGAGAGCAAGUGGGCCCGCUUCAAUGUGUCUAUGCGUGACAUGGAAAAGGUGGCCCUGGAUCAGCAUCUGGCGCAGGUCCGAAAGCACGUCAUUGAGCCGUUUGAGCUGGUCAUCAAGUGCUACGGCAAUCCGAGUCUCGCAAUGAAGAAACGUGCAAAGCGGCGUCUCGACUACGAACGGGCAGCACAGCUCAAGAAAAGCGGGAAGAAGGUCGACAAGCAGCUCGCCGAGCUCGUGGAGCAGUAUGAAGCCCUCAACGAGGCGCUCAAGAAGGAGCUGCCCAUGCUGUCUGCCAACACAGAAAAGAUUGGCAACAUCUGCCUGGGCAACUUUGUCAACAUCCAGGUUCGGUGGUUUGCCAUCUGGAAAGAAAAGGUCAAGGUUGUGCUGGAAGACCAGCAGAACGUGCCGGAGGUGGUUGACAUUAUGAGCACGUUUGCGCGCGACUUCCACGACAUGGAAGACCACAUCAAGCAAAGCUUGACAAUCCUGACCAAGGGCGCGGGCGGCGGCAGCGGCGGCAGCAGCGGCAGCGCUGGCCGUGCUGAUGACAGCCAAAGCAGCCCCACUCCUGGUGGCACGAGCAUGCUUCGGACGCGCUCUGGCCGACCGAUGGAUCUGUCUCCCCGCGGGCGCGGCGAGUCUGUGAACAGCGACAGCGCACCCACGCUUCCAGCCCCCGACUUUGGCGGACGUGCCAGCGGCCCCUUUGCGUUCUCGCCCACGACGACGUCGGCGCCGAACCUGGCCGGACACGCGGCAUCCACAUCGAUAGCAACGGCUGCAGGACUACCGAGUCCGCACCAGUACUACUACCGCGGCGACUACUACAGCGGCCUCAACCUGAAUGACAACCAUGCUCGCAGCGGUGGCUCUGGCUCGCCUGGUAUGCCGGCCGAGUCAUCGUCGUCGACACGGUCGCUUGGUGGCUAUGCUGGCGGUAGCAGCGUUUCGGUAUCGGGGUCUGGACGGCCCAGCACCGGUCGCAGCUAUGACUCGUCCGGCAACACCGCGCCGCGCCCGAGUGUCGACUCGCUUAACAACAACCAUGGCCUGCCGACCGCUGGCCAAUCGAGCAUGGCAGCGGCCCUUCAGGCUAGCAAGCGCGACUCGGGAUCCACGUACAACUCCAGCAACCAGUACCCGCCGGGCAGUACGGUUGGUGGCGACACCAGCAGUAUGACGGGCAGCGGUGACCGCCGCUUCUCGGGCCUAUUCCACUCGGCGAUGCCCAUGGAUGACAUCCCGGCACCGACCGCGACCUCUGUGCCAGGCGCUGGCAGUCACCACCACCACCAUCACCAUCACCACCACCAGCGCAACCACCACCAUGGUGGCGCCGGUGGCCACCUGAUGGCAGAUGAUGCCAGCCGAUUGUCGUCACGCGCACCUUCGCGGGAACGGGCCGGGACGACGUCCUCGAACGCCUCGUCGUCGACAACGGGCGCCGGCCACAGCAGCGGAUACAAUGUGCUCUGGCUCGCGGCGUCUCUGUUCGAGUUCAAUAUUGAGACAAAGCACGAAGCAGGGUACCCGUACCUGACGUACCAAGCAGGCGAGAUCUUUGAUGUUAUUGCCGAAAAGGGCGAGCUGUGGCUGGCCAAGAAUCAGGACGACCCGUCCGAGCUUGUGGGCUGGAUCUGGUCGAAGCACUUUGCCAAGCUGGCCGACUCGUAG